CUUCUCCAUUUGUAUUGGAAUAUUGGAACACUGUCGCCCCAGGUCGAUGAUGAAUAAACUCAACAAGCUAGACAAAAUCAGGAAUCUCAAGGGUCUCAAGGAUCUUAAGAAUCUCAAAUUCAAAACACCCUCCAGGCUAUUCACCUCUGGUUUUACAAAACUUCAAAACAAUGUAUCCCAAAAGACACCUCUGGUAAACAGUAACCAACCCAUAACUGACGCUUCUAAAGUCCAGUUCAAACUGUUGGGGCCAAACACAGAUAAAGAUAUUGGGUUGGCGUCGGUGAAGGAUGUCUUCCAGUCUCCAUUUUCGAUGGACAACCAGGACGAAGAACUAGAGAACAAUUCCCAAAACAUGAAUUUCAAUGCUGUUAUCAAUAAACCAGAGCUAUACAUGAAGUUGAACGUGUUUGAACAAAACUUCGUCAAAAGCGAGCUAUCCACCAGGCAAGAGGGCUCAUGGAGCACCUUGACCAUUCCUGAAAAGAAAUUCUUGUACUGGCUAUCAUAUGGCAACUGGGGCCCCAGAGAAGGCUUUCAAAAAUACUCAUCGUUGGAGCCACCGGAAGACAUCCCUUUCAAACCUCACCAAAAGAGAGACCCCAGCAGAGCUGUGGUGAGAAGACUCAAGAAAGUCAACUUGCGGGAGUGCAACGACUACAGACGAAGACAGAACACCAACCCCUUGACCAAUGUCGUCUUUGUCUCCACCAUCGUUGUGAGCUUGAUUGCUGUCUUCAGAGACAAGUUCGUUGGUGAGCCCAAAAAAGCCCUUUCUGAAACACCCGAAAAUAGUUAGUGCCCUGAUUUACAUGCCCGUUCCCACAUUUACUGUAAAUAGUUUAUAUCCAUCCACCUCGAAUAAAU